UAUUUGAGAUUUAUGGUGGUUCCCUAAUAAUCGCCCAAGUUAAGGGGGUAUUCUAAAAUUUGCCAAAAUCUCGCAUCUCAUCCUCUCCUUCCGCCUCAAAACCCAGAGAGCUCAGACGCCUAAAUCAAAAUUAAAUAAAAAAUCUCACAUCGAGUCAAAAAAUCAAGAAGAAAGAUAUGGGUACCCAAAAUCAACCCAUUUCCUUGCAGCGCCUUCAACACGUUGAAAAGAGAAUAGUGAGAGUUGUGGAGCUGGCAGGAUCCGUGAUGGACGAGCUCGCCAACUCCACGGGCCCAAGGAACGAGGCCGUCGCUAAUCACUGCAGAGAGUUCAUGCAAUCCAUCAAGGAGAUACAAAUGACACUGCGAGAGGAAAUCAAAAGUGCUUGUGAAUAUCGUCCAUUCGAGAAGUGUGAUUAUAGUGCCAGAAUUUCUAAUGAGAUUUGUUGCAUGAAGUUAGAGUACAUCAUUGAGCAGCUGGAUGGCAUGAAACAAACCAUCGACCAAUGUAAGGAUGGAGACUGAGAAGCUGACCUUCGAAUUGUAAGACUGCAGAAAUUUUAAAUAGUGCUUGCCUUCAUUCAGAAGUAUGACGCAUCAAUUUGUAGACUGAACACCUGACCAAGCCAGGGAAAGGAGCUUAUGGAUACUAACUGCUCGGUGAUCCAGCACAAGAAAAUACUGGAGGGAGAAAUUGAUUACCUGCAAUUAUUCUUUACUUUCUCUCAUUAGAAUAUUAUGUGUAUUGUAAUUCCUGUUUUGAUAACACGGACAUCAAUUACUCUGGUGGUGUUAGCCGACCACAUUAUUUGCAAAAAAAAAAA